AUGGCGGACGAUUUGGAUGCUGAGCUUCUGGCUCUUGCGGGGGACUCAGAGGAGGAGCAUUCACCACCCCCAAAAGACAAUGCCCAUUCACCCGCACAAUCAGCUUCUUCAGCUGCCGAACGCGAUCAUUCUUCUGCCACAAUGGGUCGCAAAGGCACUGCUAAAUCGGUUCGCCGAUCUCGCAAGGUGAAAGACGAGGACGGUGAAAUCUCUGACGCCGAGUCCCACCACUCCCUCCACUCCGCUUCCAUGUCCGAGUCCGAGUCUGACGCUGGCAAGUCUGCCACCGACGACGAGGACCGUCCCAUUUUCCCAUACGACAAGUUGUACUACUCAGCCCAAGAGAAGAGAGACGUCAUGGCUAUGCCUGAGAUUCAGCGUGAGGAGCUGCUCUCCGAGCGUGCUCAGCAGGUCGAUCGCCACAACCAGGACUUGGCUCUGCGUCGUCUUCUUGCGUCGCGUGAGCGCGAUGAAGCUCGGGCUGCUGCCAAAGCCAAGCGCAAGGCAGGGUCUGCUGGCUUGGAUGACAGCCAGCGCAAGAGCUCCCGCCAGAAGACUACUCUCGGUGGCCGCAAGGUUGGGGAAACCUCGGGCGCCAUUGAGGCUUACAAGCGCCAGCGUGAACAGAAGGGAAAGCGCGAUGAGUUGCGUCGCCGCGACCCUGUCCCCUCGGGCCGCCGAUCCCGCUCCAAGACGUCGACCGAUGAGGAUGCAGAUGCCGAAAGCGACGUCGACCUGGAUGACCGCGUCAAUCGUUCUCCCUCUGCACCCAAGGACGAACCGCCUGCCGAACUCCGGGAGAUCCAACGUGCCCGCGUCGGCCGCAGCAACUUUGCCCAGGUCUGCUUCUACCCAGGAUUCGAGAAUGCCAUUACUGGCUGCUAUGCUCGAAUCAACAUUGGCCCGAACACAGAGACUAACCAGAACGAGUACCGUCUUUGCCUGAUUACCGGCUUCGCCAAGGGUAAGCCUUAUGCCAUGGAUGCCGCGAAUGGUCGCCCUUUCAUCACCGAUCAAUAUGCAAAUCUGGCUCACGGAAAGGCCGUGCGGGAAUUCCCUUUCAUCGCCUGUUCUGACUCGCCAAUUACCGAGGCCGAGUACAAUCGUUACCGCAAGACCUUGGCUGUUGAGGAUAUCAAGAUGGCUACUCGGGCCAAGCUGUCGUCCAAGGUUGCCGACAUCAACCGUCUGAUCAACCACCGGUUCACGCGCGAGGAGCUGGAUGAUAAGCUGCGCAAGCAAGGCGCUUUCGACCACAAGAAGAACAUCCUUCGGCGUUACGAUCUGGAGCGAGAGCUGAAGUUCGCCAAGGAGGUCGGGGACCCGGAGGAAAUCGAGAAAGCGGAGAAAAACCUGCACGCGUUUCUCCACCCCCAGCUCUCCUGGGGAACGUCCAUGCAUCUCGACGGCCCCGAGAAGCCGCGCCUGGAAGCCGACCGCGUUCACCAGAUCAACCUCCGCAACCAGAAGCUCAACUACGAGAACGUGCGUCGGGCCCAAAUCGAGGAGCGCAAGGCGGCGCGCAAAGCCGCUGCGGCUGUCGCACGUGGCGAGGCUGUUGCGGAUCCUUUCAUGCGUGUGCGCACUGUUGCCAAGACCCAUCACGACGUCAACGAGAAGCCCCAGCAGGCACCUAAGCCCGCCGAUGCUGCCUCCACCGAUAGCUCCAAGGAGACCCCCAAGUCCGGAACCGACAGCCCUGUUAAAGCCGCUACCUCGAAGACGGGUACUACCCCGAAGAAGCCUCAGAGCGGCUUCAUGAUCAGCUACCGCAACACGGAUGACGAGAACAUUGCUGCCCUGGAUCUAGAUCUGGAUAUUGAUAUCUAG